UGCAGAUUGGUGUAGGGACGCCUACUGCCACUCUCUUGUUGUAAAUCCGGAUAUAAGUCUCCACUGGACAUAAAGCAGCCAAGCGGCUUGGGCUGGGUUGUCAUGGUUUGUAGGGGCUCUCCGUGCUAACAGCCUUUAGCAUGCAUGAUCUGCUACAACGAAUUUGGCGUUGAGAAUCUCGAAGGUGUUAUUGAGCAUCCAAUUCGUUUGCCGAAAUGCAAACACAUCUUCGGGGAGAAGUGUAUCAAGAAAUGGUUCGAGGAUUCUGAUAGCUGUCCUUACUGUCGUGAUAAGCUCCCGUCAGAACUGGCAAUAAGGAAGAAUAUGGCAUUCGAGAAUUUACGUGCACACCGAGAACGUUUGGCUGCAAUUACAACCCAGGCCCAGGCUUACCGCGCGCGACAUGGGAUCCCAUCGCAUUAUCCGUCAAUUGGCGAACUGUCUGUUCAGGAAAGAACCAGCUAUGUGAGGCACAGCCAAGAAGAAUACCACUAUUUUAUGAGAGGGAACCUAGCGUCCGAACCGUGGUCAUACUCGACCUCAAACAGAGGAGGAUCACAGAGAGACUCGCCAGAUAGUCGAAGACGUCAAGCUCGAGGCCGAGCUGGAUUGGGCCGUCCAACCUCCGUUGGUUCUUCUCGGUUUGUCGCAGCGAUUACGAAUCAGCAGAAUACCUCUCAGAGAGCCCAACUUGCAAAUUUCAUGCCAAAUACGCAGACUUCAGGCCCACCCCGCAGAUCGGCCACCCCAGGCCUAGGUUUACAAAGCUCUGGUGGGGCACCACCAUCGGGCAUGGAUGUAAAUCUUCACAAUCGUGCUUUAGGUAUAACUUCUUCUUCGGAAGAGGCAUCACCGUCAGUGGCUAUAGGGUCUGGUGUGGCGUCAACUGCAAAUCCACAGCACAAUCAUGGUCCUUACUCUGAUCAGUCGGUUGAUCAGUGGUCUGAUCCAUUUGGGCAACGACUAAAUCGCAAUACAGGGGCAAGCUUUCCAUCCCUAGCUCGAUAUCGAACAACGGCGGAUGACUUUGAUGGUCGCGCUCUCUCGUUGGAGACAGGAACUCGGACACCUUACCAUCACGAUAUGCAACGCCUCCCAGAUAUCUCAGCAACUAGUAAUACACGAUUGUCGAUGGAAAAUCUAAAUCAGUCAGCAGGCCAAAAUGGAAGUCUUCAGAAUGGGACGGACAGAAGCUUGCAAAACAGAUGGCCAAGACAAUUCUAAAUUAACUCCACGAAACAGCUUUACUAUCUGCUUUUCUGCCUUCACUGUCUCCAGAUCCAUCAGAAAGUCGACCAGUAAGCCGAACCUCAAGAUGACAGCAUGAUCAACAACAGGAUCACACACACACACACAUACACACAUAUCUGCAUGCACUCUUCUCAACGA